AUGCCCGCCGAACCCGCCCCCGGAACAGUCGGAAACCUGACCCCAGAGCAGCAGAUCAAGCUGCAAGAAUUCUGGGUCCUGGCUCUCAAGGUCUUCGGUCUGACCCUCGAAGAACUCGAGGCACCACCUCGGUCCAGCAACGCCAGCGGAGCCUCGACGCCCGCCGCAGCCCAAGACAAGAAAAAGGCGAAGAAGGGAUGGAACCUCUGGGGCCGCGCGGAAGAAGACAGCAAAAGCGAGUCCUCCUCGAGCGCCGCUGCAACCAAUGUAGCGGCUAUCCACGUUGCGGACGGCGACGACAAGUACGGCCAGACGAAGGAGUACAAACAGGCGCUGGAGGACAUGAAGCCCGAGGAGAUCCGGAAGGCAUUCUGGAGCAUGGUGAAGGGCGAUAACCCGGACGCACUGCUACUGCGGUUCCUGCGCGCGCGCAAGUGGGAUGCCAAGAAAGCGCUUGUGAUGCUGGUUUCCACGAUGCGCUGGCGAUUGCUGGAAAUGCAUGUCGACGACGAUGUCAUGUUCCAUGGCGAGGAGCUAGCUUUGAAACAGUCACUGGGCUCUGAUGCCAAGGAGAAGAAGAAGGGUGAUGAUUUCUUGACGCAGAUUCGCCUGGGGAAGAGCUUCCUGCAUGGUGUUGACCGGGCUGGUCGGCCGAUUUGUGUGGUGCGUGUGCGCCUGCAUAAAGCUGGUGAUCAGGAUAAUGAAGGACUGGAGCGGUUUACUGUGUAUACUAUCGAGACUGCGCGUUUGUUGCUUGCGCCACCGGUUGAGACUGCCACUAUUGUCUUCGAUAUGACGGAUUUCGGUCUAGCCAACAUGGACUACGCCCCCGUGAAAUUCAUGAUCAAGUGCUUCGAGGCCAACUACCCCGAGUCCCUCGGGACAGUUCUCAUCCACAAGGCCCCCUGGCUAUUCUCAAGCAUCUGGAGCGUGAUCAAGGGCUGGCUCGACCCGGUUGUCGCAGCAAAGAUCCACUUCACGAAGAACCGCCAGGAUCUCGAAAAGUUCAUCCACCCCAGCCAAAUCCUGAAGGAGCUCGAGGGCGACGAAGACUGGGAAUAUAAGUACGUCGAGGUGCCGGAGAACGAGAACCCGAAGCUGGCGGACAAGGAAACGCGGGACAAGUUGAUGGCCGAGCGUCAGGAACUCGCCAAGGAGAUCCAGACGGUCACCAUUGAGUGGAUUCGUGCCAGCUUCAGGAAGGAGACUGAUGCUGCUUCUGCUGCCGAGGAGAAGCGAAAGGGGUUAGUUCAGAAGCUGCGUGAGCAGUACUGGGUUCUUGACCCGUAUGUCCGUGCUCGCUCGCUCUAUGAUCGAACCAAUAUUGUUCAGGGUGGUGGUAAGAUCAACUUCUACCCUGAUUCGGAGAAGGAGAGUACGUCUGCAUAG